GCCCACCCGUGCUCCCGUCGUGAAUCGAUUCCUCCUCGGAGCCCCGCUGCCGGAUCGCAACCCCUCCUCCUCGCCUUUCUCCUCCGCUUGCUGCCUUGCUUGUUGCGGAACGAACGAAGCCCAUCGCGUUGUCGUGGUCGUUUCCAGGGUUAUCAAGGAGACCUGCCGAAGAAAAGAGACAGAGUCGUAAUUAGCAAGUGCGACCUGUAAUGUGAUCUACCAGCCCAACCAUAAACUCCCUGUCAUUACAGCUGAUAAGGAAGAUUUGUGGAUUUAGUCGGGACAGACAUGGCGAAUGGUUACAAUGAGUACGAUAAUAAGAUAGACUACGUGUUCAAGGUCGUUCUCAUUGGAGAUUCGGCAGUCGGAAAGUCGCAGCUGCUGUCCAGAUUCUCCCGCAAUGAGUUUAGUCUCGAGUCUAAAGCUACAAUUGGAGUUGAGUUUCAGACGCGUACCAUUGUAGUGGAUCAUAAGACCAUCAAGGCUCAGAUCUGGGAUACAGCCGGGCAAGAAAGGUACAGAGCUGUAACAAGUGCAUAUUAUAGAGGUGCCGUCGGUGCCAUGGUGGUUUAUGACAUCACAAAGGAACAAUCGUUUGAUCAUGUAUUAAGGUGGCUUGAGGAACUGAGGGCACACGCAGACGCAAACAUCGUGAUUAUGCUGAUUGGUAACAAGUCCGAUUUGAGCAACUUACGGCAAGUUGAAACGGAUACGGCAAGAGAGUAUGCAGAGAAGCAAGGGCUGUCUUUUCUCGAGACCUCGGCCAUGGAGUCAACAAAUGUGGAGACAGCGUUCUUCACCGUUUUGUCUGAAAUCUACAAGACUGUCAGCAAGAAAGCUCUUAUUGCUGAUGAAAAUCAAGGAGGCGCCCCACUUCUACCUGGCACGAAAAUUACCCUCACAGAUAAGGACGACGUGAUUGGGACUAAGAAAGCAGGAUGCUGCUCGAGUUGAUAAUUUUUUUGAUUAGUCUUGAUGCUUAGUGGAGGUUGUGUACAGUUCACAGAAGCAUAAGGAUCAAGUUCAGUACAAGUUCGAAUCUCGAUUUCAUUAUUGGUUAGCUAUCACAUAGCUGAUUCAUUGAGUUACUGAUUAAUGCCUAGCUUUUUGUGUAGUUGUAUGAGUUGCAACUUGGUUUGAGAAAAUCCUUGGAGUUGGAGGGGGGUCUCUUGAUAGCCCGAGUGAGUAGGUGUACGGUUGUAGUCUGAAUCCUAUGUUACGGCUCUCUCAUUCUGCUCCAAGUUAAAUCAGAAGUAGAUGCUGUUUUUUUUUUUGGAUAGGUUGUAAUCCAGCUAGCUGAAAGAAAUUGAUGUCAUUUCAACAAAUUCAAAUUCAAAUUCAAAUCUCAUUACUUCAA